AUGGAUGCGACAGACAUCUUCCUGCAAGAGUUUAGCGCAGUUGAUGGUGUCUCUCAACCAAUAAACAGGCUAGAAAGGAAGCUCUUUGCGGCUAUACAAAAAGGAGAUCUGGAAAAAUUUAGGACUAUUCUUGAUUUUUCCAAAACAAAAUGCGACCUGAAUUGUGUCAACAGCUCUGGUAAAACACUUUUACAAGAGGCAGUAGAUGUGGAAGAUGCUCCUGUCCGGAGCAGCAUAAUCAAGUCUUUACUGAGCGAAGGAGCUGACCUGGAUCUAGCCUUGUUAUACGUGGUACGCGUUGAUGACGUGAGAAGCUUGAAAAUUUUACUGAAAUUUUAUGGUCCUCCGUUGUCGGAACCUUUUCCACCUUUGUCUCCAUGCAUUAGAAAGUAUUCGAAACAAGAACUCCACAUGACACCACUGAUCCUGGCGGCCUGUUUGAGGAAUUUCCAAAUUGUGAAGCUUCUUCUUGAGCACGGAUUUACCAUUUGUGAAUUGCAAAGUGAUUCUCAACGCCCCAUCGAAGUCGUCAGCGAGAAGCUGGGACCUGCCAUGCUCCGGUUGAACAGGUAUCGAGCUCUUGCAAGUCCUGUGUACAUGGCGGCUUCAUUUCUGCAAAACCCGUUCAGCGGUCCGGAUCCUGUUCAUCGCGCAUGUGUUCUUAACAAGAAACUGUCUGACAUCGCUGAGCAGGAGUAUGAAUUCAGAAAAGAGUAUUUGGCUCUCAGCGAUGGCUGUAAAGAAUUUGCCGUGGAUCUGUUGAAUGAAUGCCGUUCAAUGAAAGAGAUCAGGUGUGUUAUGGAGAUGCAGAAUGAAGAUAAAGCGCUGCCACACGUCCAAGGAAAGCUCAGUCUGAACAUUCUGGAGUUUGCCACUGUCACGGAAAAUGAAAAGGUACUUAAUCUAAGCGUAAGUUUAGUUGCAGUGCACCGAUUCAAGGCUAUCUUAAUCAAAAUAAUCAGAUAUAUUUAGAAUGGUUUCGAGCGUGACACAAGUUUUCCCGAGGCGGUAACCAAAGGAAGAACCCUUACACGCAUGCACACGUUCCUACGAUCAGCCUUUGUCUACAGCAAGUACUUAAUGCUGCGUUUUGAUAAGUUCAAGCUGAUCAAACACUAAACGCAUGGCCAACGGUGUCAGAAGCGGACCAUUUUUUUGACUAUUAGCUUGUCACUGACUGUUUUGCGCACGAUUAAAAAGAUCAGUGGAGUAGCGAUUGCAUGAUGUUCACAUAUCGUGCCGUAACCCGCGCAUACCUGACCUCGUAUCGAAUGGUUGCGAGAUUUCCUUUAAUUUCACGGGAUCAUGUCCCACUCUGGGAAAGGAAGGGAAACUUUGUCACGCGCAGUACGGUAAGGUGAUUUGUCACAUAGCCCGAUAAUGGGUCUAACUUUUGUUGUCAGGAGUAUGUUACACAUCUGAGCAUAUAAACGCUACCCUAAAACUAGUAUAGGUAAUUACGCGAGACUCGUGCAAUUUCGUUGUAUUUAAAAAAAAUUACAACAGCUUAUUUACACCAAAUUUCACGAGAAAUCAUAUUACUUACAAUAGACAUGAAAAUAGACAAUAGACAUGAUCAAAAAGCAUCACAGAAAGUCGAGACAGACGAAAUUUUAACAGCGCGCGCGCUAUUUGUAAUUUGCACUCGCGUUACAACUUUGCACUCGUGUUCAGCUAAUCAGAAGCACGUAAUUCUUACAUGUAUAUAUAUCAUUACAUACAGAAAAACACUUCCAUUGCUUUGGGAACUAGUGAGGUUAACAAGGCUGCAGAAAUGUAUUUGACAAAACUUAGAAAAGUGUUUCGCCUUUUGCAUUUGCAGUUCGUCAGCCAUCCUUACAGCCAGCUUGUGUUAAAUUCCGAAAUAUACAGAGAUGUCCCAUUCUUGGAGAAAAGUUCGUGGAAGCAGUUUAUCCUGAUAUUAUUGGCUUUCGUCUGGUAUCCUUUGUUCUUCAUGGUUUGGUUGGUGUUGGACACUUUUUUUCCGAAGCACGAAGUGUCAAGGAUGUUUCACUCUCCCUGCGUAAAAUUCCUUGUUCAUUGUGGUUCCUAUCAAACAUUUCUUUUCAUGCUGUUUUUGUCUUCAUUUAAAUUUCAGAGCGAUUUUCUACAGUACGCCAUAGCUGGUAAGUGAAGGCAAAGGAGAAAUUCAUCAUUUUGCGAGUUGACAUCUCGCACAUCUUAACAAUAAGUGCUGCCCUAUUUAUUCCGGACAUCAUUUUUCUUAGCCUUUCUUGUCUAAAUUCUAAUAAGGAUAUUGGUAAACAGCCAGCUUCGAACCGUUAUUAGUCCGACUGCAACCUUUGACUAUCUUUGGCCACUUAGUAUUGGAAAGAAGAGUGUUCAUCUAUGGCAGAGACUUAAUAUAAGGCUUGGUACAUGCAGGAAAUCUCUACAAAUGACCUCCGAGUAAGGCAAUGUCUCUGGAAAAACUGAGUAAGCGUCUCGCCCAAAAAAAACCCCUUAACCCUUUAAAUCCUAGAAGUGAUUAACAUACAACUUCUCCCUAUAAUAUCCAUACAGUAUCUAGCGAACAGGUAAUGAGAAUACUCAAACUUAGACAGGUAGAAGUUAUUGAUCUAUAACCAAAUUCUCCCACGUGAUAUACAAGGGAAUGAGUUGAAGCUAGUAGGAAGAAUUAACAAUCAGAUCUUCGGAGUUAAAGGGUUAAAUUGCGGUAACUUGGGAACAAUGAAGUGCAAGUCACAUGAAACUGCAGCCUGGCACUUUCUCAUACCGAGGGAAUAUCGGUUGAUAUUUUCUUGUCCAUACUAAACUUUGUUACGUCACCACCAGCCUCCCUGUUAAAAUGUUUGUCUUAUUGACACUUAACAAUUCUUUCUCGAUACGCAGAUUGGGUAAUUUUCAUGUUUGUGCUCGGACAUAUCGUGGAUAUUGUCAAACAAUUCUACCACGUGGGAAGAGUCCGUUUCUUUUCCAGCCAUUGGAACUACCUGGCUGUUGCAACAGUGUCAUCAUUUGUUCUUCAUUACAUCUUUUGGUGGUCUGGUCGCUCAGUCCUUGUAAAGAAACUGGAAAAUAUGACGUGGGCCAACCACGCCGAUGAAUUUUCGUACACGAUCGUAUUGGUCUCCGACUGUUUUUUUGCAGUGGCAAUCCUGCUGGCCUUUACUCAAAACCUGGCCUUUAUCCAGGCCAACGCGACAAUUGGUCCUCUACUGCAAGCUUUCAUGAGAAUGAUGUUUGAUGUAAUGAGAUUUUUCUUUUACUUUAUAUUUGUCUUUCUCGCGUUUGUGGUGAGCUUCACCAAGCUCUACUUACAGUAUUCUAAGGCCAGACAGUAUUUCCUUACGAGUUCAGGUGAUUCAAAUCAAACAGAUCCUCUUCAUCUUGAAAGGUGAGUCUAAAUAGUUUGUGCUGUUCUUAAUUUUAACAAGUUACGGCACUUAGUUAAGAAACGGUCAAAUUUUCAUCUUCUCAGAGAAAAAAAACAGCAACUUUUCGCAGUCAGCCUCAAAUAAUUUAAGGAUGCAUAUUUUGACAUUCCUUAACCGUAACGCGUAUUGAGCAACUUAUAACUGUUCGACUAGAGAUGAUAUAUCCUUUCUAGCUGUUCGAUAAUUCAAAUGUGUACUUUCCGUCUUGCAGUAUUUUAGACAGUACAAACACGAUCUUUUGGUCGCUGUUUGGUCAGAUAGACCCCAGCAGUUUCAAAAUCUCCGAAGCGGAGUAUGGUGUUAUUUGGAGAACUGGAAUGACCUUAUUUGGUGCCUUUAACAUCACAGCAGUGCUGGUAGCCCUCAAUAUGCUGAUCGCGAUACUCAACGACUCUUACGUCCAGAUAACGGUAAGCUGUAUUCUAAAAAAAAUGGUUAUUUCAUCGGUGUCGUACAUGCUCGGAAUUUUUGUUGGUUCAAGCAAGUUCCGGUAUUGCACCUUUGAGUCUUACCAAAUCGUAAUUCAUCCUGUUUAAGAUGUUCGUGUCACUCAUCAGAUUUUCAAAACUUCAUUUUAUUAACAGGCCAACUUGGAUGCUGAAUGGAAGUUAACAAGAACCAGAUUGUGGUUAAACUGGAUUUCCAAGAAGGGCGUUCUUCCUCCACCAUUCAACUUGGUGUAUUUGUUUGUUCCCAUCGUAUGCUUUAUUCAGCAUCUUAUCUCAGCUUGCUGCUCAGAGAGAGUCUUAGUGAGUUACUCUAGUGAUUUACUAUACUGAGCAACGUAGGCAAAGUUUCUUCCUAAAUUAGAUUCAGUCAAAUGUAAUGGUGCAAUGAAUAAACCACCCUGAUAUCAAUGACAUUCACUGACAUCUAAAGCUGUUCCAUUGACAAUUAAACUAAAAUUGACCUGUUAAAUUACCUAGUUACUCCAAUAUUAUAUAUUUUUUCGUUUUGAGUUCCAAUCCGGGUAAACAAAAAGCCAUUGUAAUUUUCCUCCUUGCAAAUUUAAAGUUUCAUCCUUUUAACUAAAAAAGUUACGCUGAAUGUGUAAAUAUAACUGAUCAAUAGAUUUCUAGUGAUUGUUCGUCAAUGCAUUAAAUACAAUUGUCUUUAUAGUAGCUUUUUGCUGCCAAUUUAUUUUCAGUAAUACAAGCCAAAAAGCCACUUUUUUCUUUUUUUAUAGUUACUUUGGAAACGACGACAAAAAAUCACCUGGAAAGUUGACAGAAUUAACGAGAAGGAGGUAGGAAGCAAUAACUGCUCCUUAACAUGUUAAGGCUUGAGUGUUAGGAGCUCAGUGAUUUAACACCGACUUACAGCUGAUCAUUUCAGGUUUAACAGUUGGGUUUCGUCACUAAGGGAAGAUGAUAGUGACUAUAUUUUGGGUAAAUGAUCUACGGUCCUUGUUUGUUGUCAUGUUUGUUUAACCUUGUGGAUCCCAUCCUUGAAAGAAAAACGGGAUAAAUGUUUGAUCGUUUCCUUAUCGAGCUGGAAUGGUAAUCGAGCACGAUAAAUCCAUGUUUCCCAGAAACAACUGUUGAUCUGAAAAACGAUCGUUUACUUCCCCGCUGAAGAAAGCAACUUUGAAAACAAAUUAGACGUGGUUUUCUUUGAAUUUUGGGAGACCUGUGGCCCUUUCCUCAAUGCUCCUGGUAACCUUACGCGCUCGAGGCCGUAUUCAAAUAUUUUAAUCUAGGAAAAAAUACCUGCGGUCUUACCUCAAAGCCCUGUCCAUUCUAUUAAAUUUCCUGAUCGUUUGAAUUUAAAAAAAAUUAUUAAAUCCCUCGUAAUGUAAAAACUGCGAAAAGAGUAGAUUUUUGGAAUUUGAAACUAACGAAACUUUCGAGAAACAAGCCUUUAGUUCAUUGCUCGUCCUGAAUAUAUUUAUGUGAUGGAUUAAAUUUGUACUCCAUAUAUGUUGCCAUCUCAGAGACGAGAAGUGAUUCGCAGCCUUAUCCUAAGGAAUCUGGCGAAGAAAUCAUACCACCCAGAGGCUGAAACUGAGCCAGUCGACUCCGACGAAGAAAAUGAGAACGAAGUGGCUGUUACCGUGUUAGAAGACAAUUGUUUACACACCAGCCAAGUAAACACGAAAUUAUGAACAUGGAAAAUGUUUUUUUAUUGUCUUUGUUGCUAUUAAAUGUAUGUUAAGAACAUUUGAUAACCUGAUAACAUAAUUGCUUUUAUAUUACUUUGGGCCACCCUAAGAGUGGUGUAGAUCAACGUCGUGGGUUGGAAAUCAGGUUAUUCAUUAUGGAUUUUACUUAGGGAAGGUCGGGCAUUCUAAUUUAUGUUUUACUGCUUAAUUUUUGAUAAUUUGACGAUUUACACUUAUGUUUAACAGCAAAUUUCAAAAGGUCGGCAUGAUAUUUCCUUAGAAAUACAUUACUGUAAAAACGUACAAGUUUUUCCCUUGCUAUUUUUAAACGAAAAUAUAUUUCAAUGCUGUGAUAAUUUUUAAAUUCGCGAUGGUUUUUAAAAAGAUGUAAUAUGUUUGAUGAGAAAUGCUGGACUAAAACUUUAUUAAUCUAAGGUAAAUGGUUUCGUUAAUUUUUUUUAAACAAUGUACAACAUUUUUUCAAUGAGCCUUGAAUAUAAAUAAACAACGAUCGAUUGUACAUCAUACCGUUUUGUAUACUUUUUCCUUUUUUUUCUCUCUCGUUACUGGAUAAUCCAAUUAUUCUUGCAGAUUUCACUGACAUCACGUUACAUUCUGAGAUUUGAGACUUGGAAGCGUUUUACGCUCAACAUUGCGCUAUUUUUUUGACGGUAAAAAGUUGUUUUUAUAAAGGAUUGACGGGUAAAAUUUAUCGCCUAACUGGGCCUCAUCAUCAUGGCAUAAAGCGAGUUUUAUUGAGGUAGUUCCGCUUAUACAAUAAAAAGGCUUUUGGAGCUCAUUCAAGGGUGACCACGACCACUAAAUAGAAGUGACCGCUUAAUAGAGGUGAAAACUGAUGUGCUUAAGCGAAAAAAAUUUCGGAACUUUGACAACCGACUGCUGAAUACAGGGUAACCGCUUAAAACGGCGCCGCUUGGUACAGGUUCGACCGCAUAUAGCGCUACAAAAAAUCUUAAAUUUACUUUUAUAGUUUCCAUCUUUGAUGAUGGGCCCUGGCCAUCAUUCGUUUAUCUCUUCAUUUUUCUACGUAUAUCAUGAAAUCGCACGACCUCGAAUGAGUCCUAUUUUUCAAUCGCGAGGGUUGUCAGAAACCAUAAACUGGGCUGUGACAAACAAAUCAGAUUUGCGCAUUUUGUCAUUAAUUAUAUCAAAUAUGCAACCGGCAGCAUAGGAUAACAACUAACAGUUGCGCCGAAACAUUUGCUUUUUCUUUGAGGGUUUCUUAAAUUGGUUAAAUAAAGCGAUAGGCGUAAAUCGUUUUUCGUUGAGUAGAUUAUGACAUCUUACAAAACACGCUGUUUGAAUUUUUUCAUCAUUCCUCGCCCAAUUUUUUUUCUGCAAGGUGAUCAAUAUAUGCUUUCCUAGUAUUUCUAAUUCCUUUUCAGUAUAAAGGCUUAAAGAGAUUAAGAGAUGAAGAAAGGUAGUUGAAAUAAAUCAGGCCAGAUUUUACUCCGAGAAAUCAUUUGAGAGAGAAAACAAAAUUAAGUUAGACAGAAAUGAUCAGAGUAUUAAUAAUUUGGAGCAAAAUUCAUGAAAAUGAACACCCCUAAUUGCCUUUAUACCAUUGAAAUCCCUGACAAUCGCAUUAUACACAAAAUAAAUUAUUACCAUGCAUUACUCAGCUCAACCAUACUUGUUACCUACGAAAUAAAAUUGUAUACAUGACGUUAGUUGAACUGGUCAGUUAAACUAGUGUCAUAUUCUCUCGUUAAAAGAAGUGAAAUGAACAUAAUGACAAUUGCCACGAAAAAAAUGAAUAUUAAAUGUGGUCUGUUAGAAAUUUUCUCGGCAACCGAGAGAGAAAAAAAGCACGGCAAGAAAAUAAGGGGAAUAAUUGAUACCCUUUUAAUUAACCUAAACUUUUGCCAAUUACUCCGUCGUCGAUACCGGAGACAUUUAAACCGAGUGUCAAAAUACCUGCACGAGGGCAUUGUAUAUUUUUCAAAGAAUCUAAUUUACCUGUUUAACAGAUCCCACAACAAUUCAAAGACAACGCCAAUCAAGUUCUAUUAUUCUCUGUUUCCUCAGCGUAAACAAAAGCGUUCUUUUGCAUGCGUGUGGAGCUCGCGACUCAUGUCUUGUACUUUCAAAUUUUGUUGGUAAACUUUGAGUUUCCGUAUUUUUCUUUCUUUUAAAUGUCAUAGUACGUUUAUGAAUCGCUUUCGGACCAAACUGUAAAGGAUGCCACAUCUAUUAGCAUCUAUUUGACUAAGAAUAGCGACUUUUGUUAUCUACCAUAAUCUUCAAUGGGCUCUGACACGUGAAAAAAACGGUGCUCGCAGAUUGGCCAGGUAUUCACCUGUUUAUAACUGUAUCUAGCAUCUUCACAUCAAGAAGCUUGUCUCAUUGGCAUUAGAAAUCUGGCAAGUUUACAUGCCAAAUUUGAGUGUAAGUCUACUUAAGCACCAAUAUUCUUAGAUAAGAACACACUUAUGCUCAGAGGCGGUACUUUAUUGUUGAUCAGCAUCUUUGGCUUGUAGCGCUUUGUACCAACAGAAUCUACUCGUCAUUAAUCAUCACUACUGAACAACUUACGGCUUGUUUGAAUGUUCUUUUCGCUUCUGGUUAUGUGAACAGAGCGAACUUAGCUCUGCCAGCGACACGACUUAAGAAGUGAACCGGACAUAUUUCCGAAAAGUUGCCACACCGAGGAGUGCGGAAUAUUCUCUGAAGUUAUUAAUAGCAUAAUUUGUAAUGGAAGGCAUAGAGAUUCUUCAGCCAGAGCUAGCAGUGAAUGGUAUUUGUUGGCAUCCAGUGAGUAAAGGGGAACGAAAGCUUUUGAAGGCAGUAGCAAGAGGAGAUUUGGAUAAAGUUAGAAUUGCGUUAGGUUCCUCACUGAAAUGCAGUGUAAACAGUGUAAACAACUCUGGUAAAACAGUUUUACAAAUUGCUUCAGAAUUAAUCGAAUCUACCGUCCGAAAUGACAUGAUUAACUUGUUACUUCAUGGUGGAGCCGACUUGGAACUCGCCUUGUUGCACGCCGUGCGUGAGAGUGAUGUGAGAGGUGUUGAAAUUUUGCUGCAGUUUCACGAUCCUUCAUCACCAAAGCGGAUGUCUCCGGAUUCAAUGAGCUUAAAAUACCAACGUCACUUCACGCCAUUGAUCCUGGCGGCCUGCUUGCAGAAUUUCAAAAUUGUAAAACUCCUCUUGGAACAUGGAUUCUCCAUUCCCAAUUUACCGAUUGAUUUAAAAAAGCCUGUUGGCUCAGAAAUCAACUUUGAUGAAAAACUGGGGCUCACUUUGUUUCGUUUAAACAGAUACCGAGCUUUGGCAAGUCCCGUGUACAUGGCGGCGUCGUUUCUCCAAAACCCCUUCAGCGAUCCUGAUCCUGUCCAUCGCGCAUGCGCUCUUAGUAAGGAAUUGUCUCACAUGGCCGAACGGGAGCUCGAGUUCAGACAAGAGUAUUUGGAGCUUAGUGAUGGUUGUAAAGAGUUUACUGUGGAUCUGUUAAAUGGAUGCCGCUCAAUGAAAGAGAUCAGGUGUGUUAUGGAGAUGGAGAACGAAAAAAGUACACCAUUAAACACAGAUGGAGUGGUUUUGAACAUUCUGGAAUUUGCCAUAGUUACCAGGAAUGAAAAGGUGUGCUCAUCUUUUUUACCUAUCAUUUUAAACGUUUUCCUACUUGCCUUUCUGGCUCUCUGUCUGUUAACCUGAAUUUUUUAAAACUUAUUACUAUAAUCUUUAAUGAGGAUGCCAGCGUCACAAAAGUGGUUUACAGGAGGGUCCUCUUAAAUUAAAUACUAAUACAAAGAUAAAUUACAAAUAAAAACAAAUAACUAAAACUAAAUCUAAGAACUAAUUAAAAAUACUAAUCACAAAGUAUUAACUAAGAGUAAUACUAGUAAGGUAAAUUAAAAUUCAAAAUUAAAUUUAGACAGGCCACGUUUGAAGGCAGGCAGUGAGUUUGCAUUUCUUAGUGAGAUGUCUAAACCAUUCCAUACAUCUGCGCUAAAGUUAACUGACGACCAAUGACCCCAUCUUCUUGUGGCACUGGAUUUUCGAACGUCAUUUCUCGAUCUUGUAUUGUAACCAUGAAAGUCCCGAUUAAAUGUGACAGGAAUAGUAUUACAUGAAUGGUUGUUAAUUAAUUUAUACAUAAAGAUGGCAUGGUGUUCUUUUCUACGACGCAGUAAUGGUUUCCAGCCAAGUCUCUUUAGGGCCUCAGUUGCGGAAAAAUAAACAGGUAAGUCUAAAAUGAGGCGAGCGGCCUUAUUCUGCAACACUUGCAGCUCAGACAUUAAGGACGCAUUUCCGCGAUCUCCCCAGAUGAUAUCCCCAUAGUCAAAAAUAGGUAAAAUGAAACUAUUGAAAAACAUAAUUCUAGCGUUGAGGGGGAGGCAAGAUUUAAUACGCCUUAAAAGACCUAACUUUCUACUGACCUUACUACGAAUAUAAUCAAUGUGGUCAGUCCAGGAGAAGUGGUUAUUAAUCACAAUGCCUAGGUAAGUAAAAAAAAAGAAUCUACGUUAUCGAGAGGGGUAUCAUCAGCCGAAAUAAGUAUGGACUCAACUUUGUUCAAGCGGGAACUACUACCGAUAAGCAAAAAUUUGGAUUUUUGAACAUUCAGAGUCAGUUGGUUUGCCCGAAGCCACCUACAUAUACGUUUUAAGUCAUCGUUAAUCUUACUUUGUAAGUCUACAGUAGAUUUGGAAGCGAGGUAUAAAACAGUGUCAUCUGCAUAUAAAGUAACCUGACAGGAUUGCAAAACAUCAGGUAGAUCAUUCAUGUAAAUUAUAAAUAAAAGUGGGCCCAAUAUAGAGCCUUGAGCAACGCCAGUCGAUACAGCGGCAGCUUUGGAGCAAGCAUAAUCACAGCUAGUCAUUUGUGUUCUGUUUGUUAAGAAUGAAGUAAACCAGGCUUUGCCAGCAUCAUCAACACCAUAAGUUGAGAGCUUCUGGAGCAGUAUUGAGUGAUUGACAGUGUCAAACGCUUUGGCGAGGUCUAAAAAAACCGCACCGGUCAGGCAACCAUUAUCCAUGGAGUGAAGGAUCUGAUCAGAAAGCUGAAUGGUGGCAGUAAUAGUAGAUGACUUCAAUCUAAAUCCAAACUGGUUGGGUGAAAUUAAAUUAUUCUCAGUAAGAUAUGCAUAAAACUGAGUAUGUACCGCCUUCUCUAAAAUCUUGCUUACAGUCGGGAGAAUGGAAAUUGGCCUGUAAUUAGAAGCAUUCAAUUUAUCGCCCUUUUUAAACAGGGGUAUAACCUUUGCUGUUUUCCAUAUCGAAGGAAAUGUUCUAGUUUGAAGGGAUAAAUUGAAUAAGGCCGUAAGAGAAGGAGUGAUAACGUCCACAGCAUCUUUUAAAAGACGCGCGCUAAUUUUGUCGAGACCAACGGCCUUAUUGGUUUUCAAUGAACUGAUGGAUCUUGAGACAAAAUCUUCACUAAUCGGUUGAAACGUAAAAGUCGAGUGGCAGGCCGUAGCUUUAGCUAUGUACGGUUCGGAAACGAUUUUUUUCGGCAAGGGAUUUACCCACGUUCACGAAAUAUGAAUUAAGAGUCGAGGCAAUAGAUUGAGCUGAGGUGAGAAGGACACCAUCAGCUAACAAACUGGUUUGUUUUAAAUCCUUUGGAGGAUUUACUGCCGUUAAUUUUAGACGAAGGUAGAGUUUUGUUUUAGUGACGAACCUUUUUUUCAGAUGGUGAUCUCGCUUUCAUUACCUAUUCAUAUAGAAGAGGAACUCUUGAAAAACACAGGCAUUUACUUUCCGGCGGCUUUUUUCUUGAAAUCGCCUCUCCUUAUCGGGAUUCCUAAACUCAGCAACUAAUCGUACAUGUUAUUUUCAGUUUGUCAGCCAUCCUUACAGUCAGCUGGUAUUGAAGUCAGAACUCCUCAGACAUGUCCCAUUCCUGGAAAACAGCCCAGGGAAGAGAUUUACAGUGGUGCUUUUAUCAUCUCUUUUGUCUCCUUUGAUCUUUGCAAUUUGGCUUGCUUUCGAAACCUUUCUGCCCAGACACAAGGUAGCCAGAAUGUUCCAUUCACCUUGUUUAAAAUUUCUCACCAAUUGCGGAGCUUAUCAAAUUUUUCUUUUCGUGCUUAUUUUGACUUCGUUCCAACGAGACACGAAGUUCCUGGAAUAUUCCAUCACUGGUGAGUACAGAAGAAUAUUAAAAGUUAGCAUAUUGUAUUUUUUAUUCCACCUAGAUUUCCUUGAAGACUUGGCUUAUUUUCUAAAUGUCAUGAUCAAGCAGGCCAAAAAUAAAAUAAUUUAAGAACAAGAACUUACAAUGCUAUCACUAUACUCAGUUUUAACUGAUGGGAAAAACGUUUCACCUUACAGCGCAUGCAUCAUCUUCAGUCUGAAAUUUAAUACUGGUUCACUUAAGUAAUUCUACCCAUUUUCUCUUUGCAGAUUGGAUUGUUGUCGCAUUCGUCAUCGGACACUUGGUAGAUUUUGUCAAAGAAGUUUUUCAACAAGGAAGAAUUCGCUUCUUUGCCAACAAAUGGAACUAUCUAGCUGUGGUUAGAGUGACCUUGUUUGUUCUUUGUUACGUCAUGGGUUGGUUUGCCCGUACAAGUAUUGUAGACAGAGGGGAUUCUUUGCAAUGGGAGAACCAUAGCGACGAUCGCUUCUACAAGGUUGUGCUGUUUUCCGAGUGUGUUUUUGCUGUGGCAAUACUUCUUGCAUUUGCGCACAACUUCUCAUUUAUUGAAGAAAAUGCCGUCAUGGGCCCAUUGUUACAAGCAUUUAUACUGAUGUUGUUUGAUGUAAUGAAGUUCUUCUUUUUUUUUGUUUUUGCUUUUCUGGCAUUUGUUGUGAGUUUCACGAAGUUAUACUUGCAGUAUGAGAAAGCUAAGGAUCAUUUUAUUUCAAGUAAAGUGAUCACAAACGAAACAGACCCCUUGCACCUAGAAAGGUGAGUUAGGGAAUUUGUGAUUAGCGGUUUAUUCUCUCUUGAGAUGAGAUGAUAGAUUCACGAUGAUAGAAAAGUCAUCGUUAGGGGUUUAAUAAGUUUUGAAACAAUUUUGUUUUCCUUCCCUUCUUGUUCCUCUUCUCCUAUUUCGUCGUUCCCUUCCUGUUGUACCUGAUCUUAAUCUUUCUCCUGCUUUUCUUGUAGUAAUGAUUCCAGAAUACUUCCCUUUAGUAAUUUAUUAAAGUACUUAAAUUGUAUCCGUUCGUAGGUUUUCAAGCAGUGUUUCCACCAUCUUUUGGUCUUUAUUCGGCCAAAUCGACCGUGACAAUUUUAAAAUCGACGAGACAAAAUAUGAAACCAUAUGGAGAACAGGCAUGGGGCUCUUUGGCGCGUUCAACAUUGUAGCAGUAUUAGUUGCUCUGAAUAUGCUAAUCGCCAUGUUGAAUGAAUCUUACACAAGGAUAACGGUAAAUGCAACUUUCAAUAGAUUGCUGCUCCUUAAGACAGUUAUAAAUUUGCAGUAUAUUUUUUACUUAGAUCACAUUUCGAGUGUCUUAAAACUAAAACCCAAAGUAAUGAAAGCAACCAAUCGGGGCAAAGAAGGAAUCACCGAGAGCCAAUGAGGAAUCAUUUUAAAAGCAAGCAAACUGCUCCUGGGCUAGGGGAAAUGGGAGUGGUCAGUGCGCGAUUGGUUUUAUUCUUGGAUCUUACUGGUUGAGAAUGUAGCUCGAUAUUUUUCUGAACCAAUCAUAUAGCGAAGUUAACCCAAACGAAAGCAAUCUUGGAUUAUUUUCAUUAUGCUCAGCCGUUGAAAUCGCAAGCGUUUGUUAUCUUUCGAGACGUGAGCCAAGAAACUAACUCUGGUCCACAGCCUCGAGGCUAACCGGAAAUGUUUCAGGAAUAAUGACGUAAAAGCCCAAAGUCCGCUAGCCUGCUAUUCAUUUUUUCGCCGGGGAGUUUUAAAUCAAUGAUACUAACGAUUUUCUGUCAAUAAGGAUGUGCGAUUAACGAGGAAAACCCUUAUCUAUGGUAUAUAUGUACUUCAUGUCGAUAAGUGUCAUUGCUUUUAGCACGGUAUGGCACAUACAUCGUUUAUUUUUCAACGACUUUUAUUUAACUUUUUUAACAGACCAACUUAGAUACUGAGUGGAAUUUUACCAGAACAAAACUAUGGUUAAGCUGGCUUUACAAGAAAGGCAUUCUCACUUCCCCUUGUAAUCUUCUCUACCUGGUUCUUCCACUUUUUUGGGUUUUAAAGAAUCUUUUGGGAGUUUGCUGCCCAAGAAAAAUAAAGGUGAGUACGUUUUGUAGGAAG